CCUCUGGCGGAAGGACACAUCGUUGCUCCUCGUUCCUCCUCGUUCCUCCUGCAGGACAAUGUGAGAGACUCUGGAUCUAAACCCAGCGAAUAGCAGCAGAACAGCCGCAGAUCAGCCGCAGAGCCCCGGGAUGGAAGCGGCCUCCGUGUGACGGACCUCCAGCCUCCCCCCGACCCGCCGUGUGUUCGAUCCGCCUUCAGAGCUCGGGAAGCGGCCGCGGCGAUGGGACGAGGCCGCUGAGCGGAGCGCGGCGCAGGGCCGAGACGCGGAGGAAGAUGGAUGUCGUGCUGCGGAGCGUGUUGUUGUGUACUUUCUGUUUUCUCAUCCGAGCCGUGCCGCUGCUGCUGUAUGCAAACCGACGGGACCUCCGGCUCGUGGACGCGGCGCACGAGAAAGCCAACGCCACGGUGGUGGUGGGAGGGCUGGAAGAUGCCGCGGCCGUGGACUAUGUCUACUCCCAAGGCCUCAUCUACUGGAGCGACGUGAGCGAGGAGGCCAUCAAACGCACGGUCUACAACCAGUCGGGGGCCAGCACGGUCCAGAUCGUGGUGCAGGGCCUGGCCUCCCCGGACGGACUGGCGUGCGACUGGCUCGGGAGGAAACUGUACUGGACGGACUCGGAGACCAAUCGGGUGGAGGUGGCGGAGCUGGACGGGUCUCUGAGGAAAGUUCUGUUCUGGCAGGAGCUGGACCAGCCGAGGGCCAUCGCUCUGGAUCCAGAACGAGGGUUCAUGUACUGGACGGACUGGGGCGAGAUCCCAAAGAUCGAGCGGGCGGGGAUGGAUGGGACCAAUCGCUCGAUGAUUAUUGAUAAGGAGAUCUACUGGCCCAACGGCCUGACGCUGGACUACAGUCAGCAGAAGCUGUACUGGGCCGACGCCAAACACAACUUCAUCCACCGCGCCAACCUGGACGGCUCCUCCAGGGAGGUGGUGGUGAAAGGAGAGCUGCCUCACCCCUUCGCCCUCACCCUGUACGAGGACACUCUGUUCUGGACCGACUGGAACACACACUCCAUCCACUCGUGUCAGAAACAGACCGGCACCGAGCAGAGGAUCGUCCACUCGGACAUCUUCUCGCCCAUGGACAUCCACGUCUUCAGCUCCAAGAGACAACCCGUCUUGAACUCUCCCUGCUCGCUGAACAACGGAGAAUGUUCUCACCUCUGCCUCCUGUCUCCGGAGAAGCCGUACUAUCAGUGUGCCUGUCCCACCGGAGUCCAGCUGCUGGAGGACGGGACCACCUGCAGAGACGGUGCGACUCGGAUGCUGCUGCUCGCUCGACGCACCGACCUGCGGCGGAUCUCCUUGGACACGCCGGACUUCACGGACAUCAUCAUGCAGGUGGACGACAUCCGCCACGCCAUCGCCAUCGACUUCGACCCGGUGGACGGCUACAUCUACUGGACGGACGACGACGUGAAGGCCAUCCGUCGCUCCCUGCUGGACGGCAGCGACGCCCAGUUCGUGGUCACGUCUCAGGUGAACCACCCCGACGGCAUCGCAGUCGACUGGAUCGCCCGAAAUCUGUACUGGACGGACACAGGAACCGACCGCAUUGAGGUGACCCGGCUCAACGGCACCAUGCGGAAGAUCCUGAUCUCUGAAGACCUGGACGAGCCCAGAGCCAUCGUGCUGGACCCUGUGGCCGGCUACAUGUACUGGACCGACUGGGGCGAGGUGCCGAAGAUCGAGCGAGCGGAUCUGGACGGACUGGAGCGAGUGGUGAUGGUGAACACUUCGCUUGGCUGGCCCAACGGCCUCGCACUCGACUACGACGAGCGUAAAAUCUACUGGGGAGACGCCAAGACUGACAAGAUUGAGAUGAUGAACAUGGACUGGACGGGAAGACGGGUGCUGGUGGAGGACAAACUUCCGCACAUCUUCGGCUUCACGCUGCUUGGUGACUUCAUCUACUGGACGGACUGGCAGCGCCGCAGCAUCGAGCGCGUCCACAAGCGCACGGCGGAGAGAGAGAUCAUCAUCGACCAGCUCCCAGACCUCAUGGGACUCAAGGCCACAUACGUGCACCAGUCGUUCGGUACGAACCCGUGUGCAGAGAACAACGGCGACUGCAGCCACCUCUGCCUCUACAAGCCUUCAGGCGUCCAGUGCGGCUGUCCCAUCGGACUCGAGCUCAUCGCCGACAUGAGGACCUGCAUCGUCCCCGAGGCCUUCCUGCUCUUCUCCCGCCACACUGACAUCCGCCGCAUCUCCCUGGAGACCAACAACAACAACGUGGCCAUCCCGCUCACCGGCGUCAAGGAGGCGUCCGCGCUCGACUUCGACGUCACCGACAACCGCAUCUACUGGACGGACAUCACUCUGAAGACCAUCAGUCGGGCCUUCAUGAACGGCAGCGCUCUGGAACACGUGGUGGAGUUCGGUCUGGACUACCCGGAGGGAAUGGCGGUGGACUGGCUGGGGAAGAACCUGUACUGGGCCGACACCGGCACCAAUCGUAUCGAAGUGGCCAAACUGGACGGGCAGCACCGUCAGGUCCUGGUCUGGAAGGAUCUGGACAGUCCUCGAGCUCUGGCUCUGGAUCCUGCUGAAGGCUACAUGUACUGGACCGAGUGGGGCGGGAAGCCAAAGAUCGACCGCUCGGCGAUGGACGGGACGGGUCGGAGCACCCUGGUGGCCGACGUGGGCCGAGCCAACGGGCUCACCAUCGACUACGCAGAGCGGCGCCUCUACUGGACCGACCUGGACACUACGCUGAUCGAGUCGUCCAACAUGCUCGGUCAGGAACGUGAGGUGAUCGCGGAUGACCUCCCUCACCCGUUUGGCCUCACCCAGUACCAGGACUACAUCUACUGGACGGACUGGAGCCAGCGCAGCAUCGAGCGAGCCAACAAGACCAGCGGCCAGAACCGCACCGUCAUCCAGGGCCACCUGGACUACGUCAUGGACAUCCUGGUGUUCCACUCGUCCCGACAGGGCGGCUGGAACGCCUGCGCCUCCACCAACGGACACUGCUCCCACCUGUGCCUCGCCGUCCCUGUCAGCAGCUUCGUCUGCGGCUGCCCCGCCCACUUCUCCCUCAACCAGGACAACAAGACGUGCAGCGCUCCGACGUCCUUCCUGCUCUUCAGUCAGAAAACGGCCAUUAAUCGGAUGGUGAUUGACGAGCAGCAGAGUCCCGACAUCAUCCUGCCGAUUCACAGCCUGAGGAACGUCCGCGCCAUCGACUACGACCCCCUGGACAAACAGCUGUACUGGAUCGACUCCAAGCAGAACGUGAUCCGCCGAGCGCAGGAGGAUGGGAACCAGAGCAUGACGGUGGUGGCGAGCUCGCUGGGCGGACCCAGUCAGGGGCUGCAGAUCUACGACCUGAGCAUCGACAUCUACAGCCGCUUCAUCUACUGGACCAGCGAGGUCACCAACGUCAUCAACGUCACCCGCACGGACGGCAGCAGAGUGGGCGUGGUGCUGAGUGGCGAGCACGACAAGCCGCGCGCCAUCGUGGUCAACCCGGAGAGAGGGUACAUGUACUUCACCAACCUGCUGGAGCGCUCGCCAAAGAUUGAGCGGGCGGCGCUGGACGGCACAGAGCGCGAGGUGCUGUUCUUCAGCGGUUUGGGGAAACCUGUCGCUCUGGCCAUCGACAACGAGGCUGGGAAGUUGUUCUGGGUCGACUCCGACCUGCGACGUAUCGAGAGCAGCGACCUCUCCGGAGCCAAUCGGAUCGUGAUCGCAGACUCCAACAUCCUGCAGCCGGUGGGGCUGACGGUGUUCGGGAACCAUCUCUACUGGAUCGACAAGCAGCAGCAGAUGAUCGAACGCAUCGACAAGACCACGCGAGAGGGACGCACCAAGAUCCAGGCUCGCAUCGGCUACCUGAGCGACAUCCACGCCGUGCACGAGCUCGACAUGAGGGAGUACAGUAAACAUCCGUGCACGUGGGAUAACGGCGGCUGUUCCCACAUCUGCAUCGUGAAAGGCGAUGGGACGACUCGCUGCUCGUGUCCCGUGCACCUGGUGCUGCUGCAGGACGAGCUCUCCUGUGGAGAGCCUCCGACCUGCUCCCCCGAGCAGUUCUCCUGCACGUCGGGCGAGGUCGACUGCAUCCCUCGGGCCUGGAGGUGCGACGGCAUCGCCGAGUGCGACGACAAAAGUGACGAGGAGGACUGUCCCGUGUGCUCCGAGUCCGAGUUCCAGUGCGACAGUCGUCAGUGCAUCGACUUGAGUCUGCGCUGCAACGGAAAGUUCAACUGUCAGGACCGAUCGGACGAGAGCAAGUGUGAAGGUGUGACAGUCCGUUGUCCUCCGGAUCAGUUCACCUGCUCCAACGGUUUGUGCAUCGGGAAACACAAGAAGUGCGACAACAACAUGGACUGCACGGACAACUCGGACGAGCUCGGCUGCUAUCCGACUGAAGAGCCGCCUUCUCCACCCAACACCACCAUCGGCGCCAUCGUGGCUGUGGUUAUGGCGUUGUUCGUGGUCGGCGCCGUGUACUUCGUGUGUCAGCGCGUCCUCUGUCCGCAGAUGAAGGACGAUGGCGAGACGGUCACAAAUGAUUUUGUGGUUCACGGGCCGUCGUCUGUGCCGCUGGGCUACGUCCCGCACCCGAGCUCACUGUCCAGCUCGCUGCCCGGAAUGUCCAGAGGGAAGUCUGUGAUUGGUUCCCUCAGCAUCAUGGGCGGGAGCAACGGGCCGCCGUACGACCGCGCCCACGUCACCGGGGCGUCGUCCAGCAGCUCGUCCAGCACCAAGGGAACCUACUUCCCCCCGAUCCUGAAUCCUCCUCCGUCUCCGGCCACAGUUCGCUCUCAGUACACGAUGGAGUUUGGUUAUUCCUCCAACAGCCCGUCGACCCACCGCUCAUACAGCUACCGGCCCUACACCUAUCGUCACUUCGCCCCGCCCACCACCCCCUGCAGCACCGACGUGUGCGACAGCGACUACACGCCGGGACGCCGGGCGCCACCCAAGUCCAGCGCCGCUGCCGCCAAGGGCUACACCAGCGACCUCAACUACGACUCGGAGCCUUUCCCGCCGCCGCCAACGCCGCGCAGCCAGUACCUGUCAGCGGAGGAGAACUGCGAAAGCUGCCCGCCGUCGCCUUACACCGAGCGCAGCUACUCGCACCACCUCUACCCGCCGCCGCCUUCGCCCUGCACGGACUCCUCGUGAGCCACACCCCUGCCCACUGCCCCGCCCCCCCUCAACACAGCUCCGCCCCCUCACUGUAAAUAGCAAUUGUGCAUAAAUGAGGCUAAAAAUGGGAACGAGAGACUGAGCGAGCGAGCGAGGAAACAGGAGAAAAAGAGAAACGGAGCUGACGAACAUUUGUACAAAAAGAGAAAAACAUAUUUAUAUAUUUUCUAUACAGUGUUUACUGAUGACAUCAUCGACGUUUGUAUUAAGAAAUUUGUACAUUUUUUAAGAAAAGGUUUUUAUUAAAAUCAUCACAAUUAUACGUUGCCUUAAAAACUCGCAGAGGACGACGCUGAAGGAAGAGAAGCGGUGAAAACUGAGCGGGGGGGACGUUCAAAUGAACUGAUGCCAAAUAUGAAAACAUCUUACCGCGGCGACGGCAGGAGACCAGAGGAGCCCCUCCCCCAUCCUCACAGCAGCCAUCUUGUCUGCGGUGACCAUGUGACGCGGGUGAGGACGGCGUGGAUGUGAGUCAUGAACAGAGACGUUAAAGUUCAAACUCUAAGCAAUAAAACAAAAAGGCACAUAUUUAUUCUCCAGCGUCUCCCAGCAGGGGGCGCUACGGAGGCUCAGAGGACACGAGCCAGAAGCAACUUCUUCUUCUGAGGAAAUCUUCUCCAGCUGUGAUAGAAGUGUCCUUGUGUCCCCUCCAGGCCUCCGUACGAAUCACUCUUCCCACUAAACGCUAAGCGGCGACGUCUGUCACGUGACCCACAUCCAGGAACUCGCCGUCGUCAUGACGCAGACGAUAUCUAAACCAAAACGUUUGCAUAUGUUUGACUUUUUUUUGUUUUCACUGAAACGUUGAGAAACUCGACUGCGACAGUUUUUAUGUUUCACGAUCAUCGGAUUUAGUUUUUCGUGGAGGAAGCAGCGUUUCCCGCCGAGGACGCGACCUUGUGCCUGAGCAGUUUCAUUUCCGUGUUUUUUAUCGUUGUUCCGUGGAGGAAAUCAGUGCCCACUAAAUGCUAUAUAGUAUUUUUGUACCACAUAUUGUGUAGAUAACGUAUUUAUAAGCUCUAUAGAAAAUCAUUGUAAAUCUUUCAUUGAACUCUGCAGUACUUUUCAUUCCGUCUUUUUUUUAUAUUGCAUCAUUAUAUUUUUCUACAGAAAAUCAAACGUACGGCGACAAUCCGCGAUCGGUCGAGUCAAGGAACUUAUCCAGGUUUUCAGUGUCUGUUGAUGUAACGUCGGACUGUUUGUGCCAAAACUCUUUCUUGUUCCUUCCUGGAGGCGUCGGGAGCCGAGUUGGGACCAGAGGAGAAACCACGACGUGUCGAUCUGCGAUUGUUUCUCCUGAUUGAUUUUGUGUUUCACGUCCCUGACGUCGCUCGUUCGGUUCGAAAGGAAACGAAACUCGAGUCGGUUUGAAUAACAGAGUUAAAGUUUUAUUACUUCGUCUGUUACAAAGUCUUCAACAGACCUGAGACGUUUUCAAUUUUAAACUUUUAUAUUUCAAUGAAAUUUCCGACACUAAGGGUUUGUUAUGAAACAUUAAUUUAUCACAUUAAUGAAGUUUGUGUUGUUCAGGUAAAGAUUCUUCACGUGAUUAUUGUCACCGGUUUCUAACCAACUUAUAAAGACGUGUUCAAUGUUUUCCAAACUCGAUUAAAGACCCGGAUCAAUAAAAUGAAA